AUGGACGAGAGCUUUCCGAAAUCAGGAGGCCAACCCCAUCGGAUUGAGGCUUCUUGGGUUCCAUCCACUCCUGCUAAGCCUGCUCUAGGAAAAGAGGAGCUAAUCCAUGCAGAAAAGCAACCACAACAGUCAGACAACCGUUCACAGCAAAGCCAGUCGGCCCCAGGAAAUGUGCCGCCGGAAAGGACAGCCGCCGGCUAUGGGGAAAGCAAUAGAGCAGUCAGUGAGCCUGCAGAGUCUCAAUCUUAUGAAGACGCCAUGAACCAAUUUGAUCAAAUGAGCCAGUUCAGCCAAUUGUUGGAGUUUGUUAUCAGAGGUGGCACCAUCCAGGGCUCUUACAUUGACACAAUGUGCCAAAAUUCCUCCUCAAUUCAGAGCCAGAGCCAGAGCCAGUUGCUCGAACCCACUCUUCAAGCUGUUUCCCAGACACCACAUAGUGCAAAUGCGACGUGGUCUCCAUUCCCAUUUGAUCUUAAUACUCCCCUCAGUGCAAUGGCUGAUGCAUCAGGCUUACCUAUUCUACCAUCAGUGUCAGCUAUCUCAUCCCAGUUUGAACCUGUGACACCAGAUCAGAUUAAGAAAGCUGACAAAGUUUCCUCAUCAAACUUGUGUGCGGCCCAGGCAGCAGAAAUAGGAGUACAGAAGGAAGUUUCUGAAUUAUCAGCGCUCCAGAAUAAUCAGUCUGUGUUGGUUGAGAAUCAAAAUUCUACUACCAUCUCCACCGUAACCGGGGAGAAUUUCGAGCCUGAAAUGGCUAUUGAAGAACAGACGGAUCUGAGCAAAACACCAGUGAAAAAGCCAAGGAAGAAAAAGCACAGGCCUAAAGUAAUUGUAGAAGGCCAAUCCAGAAAACCCUAUAAGCCAAGAACGCCAAAACCAAACAACCCCAAGGAAGGUGUAAAACCUAAAAGAAAGUAUGUUAGGAAAAGUCCAGUAGGUAAACCUGUGGAUGAUGUGCCUUCAGAAGGCAAAACAAAUGAAGCAGCAGAGGAAGCAAAACCUCUGGAUUCAGAAGAUACGCCGAAAGGUAAGAGAAAGUAUGAAAGAAAACAAAAGGUCGACCAACCCUCAACUCCCUAUGAAGAUGAAAACAUGACCACAACUGAUUCAAGUGCUGCUCCAAUAACCAGAAGAUCCUGCAAGAGAUCGCUGAAUUUUGAUGUUGAAAGCCAAGUGCCUGGUGGGAGUUUCGGCCAGCCGCAAUCAGAUUUUACCAUUCACAAGACAUUUCAGGAGAAUCAAGUAUUACUUGAAAAGACAGAAGUAGCAAGUGUUGCUCAUAAUCUUACAGAGUCUGCAGAUCAUAUGCUCAAAGACUCCCUGCUGGUCAAAGAAAGUCUGGCCUCUAGCACUUCAAGUUCUUGCUUGAGCAGCCAAUUCAUGUUUCUAAAUCAGACUGAAGGCACAAGGGGAAAAUGUCCAAUCAUUUUCUCAGAUGUAACUCAUGACAAACAGGAAAUCACUUUUAAGACAAUGGCUUCUGAUGUUAUUGCUGCAACAAGGAGUUCAAGCAACCCCAAAGGCACCAUCGGCGGAGUCCUGAACCAAGAAACCGAAGUGAGGAAAUCAAAGAGAAGGCGAUCUUCAAGAACUGAUUCUCUGGAGCCCCGCAACAUAAACGCUUCUGGUGGCCAUUACAAUUCUUUGCAGGCGUACCAAGAAAUAAUUCCACCAAAUCAGUACAGUAAAGAAGAAACUUCAAACUGGCAAUUUCCAGCAAUAUUCAAGAAAAAGAGGAGUGAAACUAUCUACAAGCCAUCAUCAUCCAGCAUUCGGCCAACAUCCAUUACAACCGACUAUUAUGCUAAAUAUAGCAUGAACCAUUUGGUUGCACCUCAGAGAAAUUCUUUUCCAUCAGAUCCCGCAGUUGAGAUCGACAUAAGUACUUCUAAGUCUCUUCCAACGUUUGGGAAUGCAGGAAGGAUAACUAGAAAAAGAUCUAAAAACAUCACUAGGGUCAGGGAUAUGAAGUCCCUGCUUGAAACUUCAAGGCAACUGUCUGACUCCUAUAAUGGUUCUGGAACUUCUGCACAAAAACCUCAGACAUGUAUGGGAGCACUGGCAGACAUUCGUGCAACUCUAGCAAGAAAGAAGCGUUCAAAUAGGAUUUUCAUUUCAUCUUCAACGUCCAAUAACCAUCGCCAGGCUGCAACAAUAUUAAGUGGUUAUCCACCAGAUAUGAUGCGGAAAGAUACACUUACAGUUGAUGCAAUUGUUGAGAAAUUGCAGUGCCUUAGCAUACAAGAACAACAGAAUGCACUGGUUACCUAUCAAGAGCGUAAUACUUGGCAAAAUUCUAUCGUGCUUUAUCAAAACAAUGGGGCCAUGGUUCCUUUUGAUGGUCCGUUUAAUUAUAGGAAGCGACGGCCACGGCCCAAAGUUGACCUGGAUGAGGAGACAAACAGAGUGUGGAAGCUCUUACUGGAAAAUAUAAACAGUGAAGGCGUUGAUGGGACAGAUCAACAGAAGGCAAAAUGGUGGGAAGAUGAACGAGAAGUCUUCCGCCUGAGAACAGAAUCUUUUAUUGCUCGUAUGCAUCUCGUCCAAGGAGAUCGACGUUUUACUCCAUGGAAGGGAUCAGUUGUGGACUCUGUAGUUGGAGUUUUCCUUACCCAGAACGUGUCUGAUCACCUUUCAAGUUCUGCCUUCAUCUCAAUGGCUGCUAAGUUUCCUCUGAAGUCAACGAACCACUACCCCAGUGCACAAUUGUCCGAAGAGAGAUCAGAGCAAUCAGAAGUGUAUAAUCCAAAUGAUAUUUCUGAAUGGGACGGGAAGGUGUCAAACCCACUUCCAGACUCUGGUCCAAAGCUGGACAAUGAACCUGAUAAUUCAGUAGUUUCUCCUCACAAUUCUGCAGAAUCAAUUGGUCAAUCAGCAAUCAGGGUUUUUCAUUGUUCUAACUCUAGUGUCAUGCAUACAGGUGUCAAUCAUGAAUGUCAACAAAUCAAUCUGUCCCAAGACAGUGGAUUCAUCAACAUCUCUAAGGAAAACGACCUCCCUGUAACUGAACAAAGUGGAUUUUCGCCAGAAUCUUCUGCAGGAACUUCAUCUCAAGAUUCUCUUUCUCACGACAACCAUCAAAUCCCAAAUGAGGAUAGAGGACAUGAAUUUCUAUCAAAGGUUCAGAAACAAGAAGUCCACAUAAUAUAUGAAGGAUCAAAUGCCCCAAGCUCCUCAGAGAGUGAGCUUGAUAACUCAGAUUCUAGUAAUCUUAUGGAUGAAGCGGCCAAGAUUAACCCCAGUGCCUCCACAGCAAAAAAAAGGAAAGCAAAUGGAAAAGAGAAUAAUGACACUGUCGAUUGGGAUCAGUUGAGAAAACUGGCACAGGCAAAUGGUAAAAGAGAGAGGACAGUCGAGACAAUGGACUCCGUGGACUGGGAAGCAGUAAGAUGUGCAGAUGUUGAUGAGAUUGCUCAAACCAUCAAAGAAAGGGGAAUGAAUAAUAUGUUAGCGGCUAGGAUCAAGGACUUCCUAAACAGGAUAGUAAGAGAGUAUGAAAGCAUUGAUCUAGAGUGGCUAAGGGACAUCCCACCUGAUCGGGCCAAAGAAUUCCUGUUAAGCAUAAGGGGUUUGGGUCUGAAAAGCGUGGAAUGUGUGCGGCUUCUGACAUUACACCAUCUCGCUUUCCCAGUUGACACAAAUGUUGGACGCAUAGCUGUAAGACUUGGAUGGGUACCACUCCAGCCACUGCCUGAGUCACUUCAGUUGCAUCUUCUAGAACUGUACCCUGUGCUGGAGUCUAUUCAAAAAUAUUUAUGGCCAAGGCUCUGCAAACUUGAUCAGCGCACAUUAUAUGAACUGCAUUAUCAAUUGAUUACAUUUGGAAAGGUCUUUUGCACAAAAAGCAAGCCAAACUGCAAUGCUUGUCCAAUGAGAGCAGAAUGCAGACAUUUCGCGAGCGCAUAUGCAAGUGCUAGACUUGCACUUCCUGCCCCAGAGGAGAAAAGCAUCAUCAGUGCAACAGAAAAUGAAUCAGCCAGUAGAAUCUCAUCAAAAAACAUCAAUCACCUGCAGCUGCCUCAACCUGAACCCAAUCAUCAAUUGGAAGCCAGCCUCCAAGUCAGAUCCUUUGGCUCCAUUGUUGAAGAGCCUGCAACACCAGACCCUAUCAUUGAAGAGCCAGCAACACCAGAACCAGAAAACACAAAAGUAGCAGAGACAGAUAUCGAGGAUAGCUUUUGUGAAGAUGCUGAAAUUCCUACUAUUAAGCUCAACCUUGAGGAGUUAAAUCAGACUCUGCAGAACUACUUUGAACAGAACAUUCAAGUACAGGAGGGUGAAAUAUCAAAGGCCUUAGUAGUUUUAAAUGCAGAUGCCGCUUCAAUUCCCAUGCCUAAACUUAAGAACAUAAAUCGGUUAAGGACAGAACAUCAAGUCUAUGAACUUCCUGAUACACAUCCACUACUGCAAGGGUUUGAUAAACGAGAACCAGAUGAUCCUUCUCAUUAUCUUCUUGCCAUAUGGACACCGGGUGAAACCGUAAACUCAAUCCAGCCACCAGAAGGUUCAUGCGGCUUCCAAGAUUCAGGAAAACUUUGCGAUCGGGAAACAUGUUUUUCAUGCAACAGCAUACGCGAAGCAAAGAGCCAAACUGUCCGAGGGACCCUUUUGAUACCAUGUCGAACAGCUAUGAGAGGCAGCUUUCCGCUCAAUGGUACAUACUUUCAAGUUAAUGAGAUGUUUGCAGACCAUGAAUCUAGCCUUAACCCGAUUGACGUGCCAAGGGAGUGGUUAUGGAAUUUGCCUAGAAGAACAGUUUACUUUGGAACAUCUGUACCAACUAUCUUUAAAGGUCUCACUCAACCGGAAAUACAGUACUGCUUUUGGAGAGGGUUUCCACGAGAUAGUCCAAUACUUCUUCCUUUCGGAGCAUAUUCUGUUGGCGACUCUGUGUGUAAAGAAAGGAUUAAGGGGAUCGAGAGAAUGGAGGCCCGGCGGCCGCCGAUUCUCUCUCUCCCCUGCGGCCGCGAGAUGGGAAUAACUUUUGGAAAAUUUCCCGCUUUCCUUUGUUAG